AAAUCAGGUCAACAUCGCGAGAUUUGCAUUCAUGACUCACACACAUGUAACCGGUCCGUGCUGUUGGAAGGUCUCUCGGACAUUUACAUCAUUUUCCUGCCCUGAUUCUCCAACGAGAUGUCUGUAACCAUACCAACAGAUCAAGAGAACCCAGAAGAAGUCAUCAAGCAACCUAACGGGACCGCUGAAGUGGAGGUCGGGACACCAAACGGAUUGAAACCCCAGAAAAAGUCGGUUUUCUCCAAGUACAUCCUCGCCCUUCGUCCGUGGUCGUUCAGUGCCAGUCUGACCCCUGUGCUGUUAGGCAGCGCCUUGGCGUACAGAACAACGGGAACCAUCGAUCCUUUGCUGGUUCUGAUCGCAUGUUUAGCCGUUAUAUCCGUACAUGCAGCUGGCAAUCUCGUCAACACGUACUAUGACUUCAUGAAGGGGAUAGAUACCAAGAAAAGUGACGACAGAACGUUGGUGGACCACAUACUGGAGCCAAACUCUGUAGUUGGGUUGGGAGCAACACUGUACUGUAUAGGAUGUGGAUGUUUUGUGUUACUGGUACAGUUAUCACCACUAAGUAUGGAACACCUGGCUCUCCUGUAUUUUGGAGGACUAUCAGGGUCUUUCCUGUACACAGGAGGAAUGGGACUGAAGUAUGUGGCACUAGGGGAUGUCGUCAUCCUGAUUACAUUUGGUCCGUUGGCUGUCAUGUUUGCAUAUUCUGUACACGUAGGAAAGCUUACGUUAUCACCGCUUCUCUAUGCCAUUCCGCUGGCUCUCAACACGGAAGCGAUCCUGCACAGCAACAAUGCGAGGGACAUGGACACAGACAACAAGGCCAAAGUCGUGACUCUCGCCAUCCUUCUAGGUCAAACGGGGUCAUACGCGCUUUACACGCUACUCCUGUUCACUCCGUACAUCCUCUUCGCAAUUUUGGCGACAAACUUUUCAAAAUGGCUGUUCCUUCCUCUCAUCACCCUCCCACUGGCCUUCAGCCUGGAACGGGACUUCAGGGAACAUCGGAUGACCAAAUUACCUCAGAAGACAGCAAAACUGAACUUACCUCUGGGUCUGUUGUAUUUGUUAGGCUGUUUGAUGGCACAGCCAGGUCAGCUGCCUGGGUUGAGCUGAUAAUGACAUCAUUAGGCUGAUGAAGUACUAGUAGUAUAUCAGUGAUAUACUCAGUAUUACAGGGAGGAAAUACAUACGUACAAUCACAUAUUUAAAUUCUAAGUUGUGUCCUGUUGUAUUAUGUACAUGUACUUGUUUGCUGCUAUUUAAUCUUGUCUCAAAAUAUGUGUACACCUUCUACAAAAUGCUAACAGUAUCUGAAGAAUGAUAAAAUGUUUUAUUGUCAGUAGAUAUUCAGGUCUUGCUAACUCAAGCUGUGAGGUAUCUGUGAGGUUUGUUACCAUUUAUCAUUUGUAGCUGUCAUAUUGUUGCAUUCACGUGGUCUUACUGUAAGACUUAAGAAAUAAGGAGCUGGCUUCAGUAUGUCUGUUAAUAUCAAUCUUUAACAGUCAUGAAAAAAGCAAAUAUAGAAUAGGUUCAAAUUUACCAUGUACUAGUAGUUAUGUUACAGUAUGUAUUGAUGUUUGAGUCUAUGUAUUUGGAUUUAGGUAUUUUCUGAGGGGAAGCAUUGAGUAAAUUAAUGUGGAUGUAUUAUUUUGAUGCAGUCUUUGUAGUUUAAUGGUACUAGGUGAUGAUACCUAUCUAUAUGUUGCCAAUAUGAAGAGCUCCCAAUGUGUUGAACAUUGCUUAAUCAUUAAUGUGAAAUCUUCAUUUUCUGAAGGUUUGCCGCUGUUCAAAGAGUCUGAGGCUCUUAGAAGUUUUAUGAACUGGCUGACAAAAAUAAAGAAAUCUGCAGUCAACUAGUGACCAUGAUUGCAAUAGAUU